GAUGAGUCUCAGUUAUAAUCACCAUUGUACUCAUGCAAUAGUGCACAUGUUCAUGACUUGUUUUCUUUUUUAGAGCACAAAGUAAUCAUUGUGGGGCUGGAUAAUGCAGGGAAGACCACCAUUCUUUAUCAGUUCUUAAUGAAUGAAGUAGUUCAUACUUCUCCAACCAUAGGAAGCAAUGUUGAAGAAAUAGUUGUGAAGAACACUCAUUUUCUUAUGUGGGAUAUUGGUGGUCAAGAGUCUCUGCGGUCAUCCUGGAACACCUAUUAUUCAAACACAGAGUUCAUCAUUCUUGUUGUCGAUAGCAUUGACAGGGAACGACUGGCUAUUACAAAAGAAGAAUUAUACAGAAUGUUGGCUCAUGAGGAUUUAAGGAAAGCAGCAGUUCUCAUCUUUGCAAAUAAACAGGAUAUGAAAGGGUGCAUGACAGCAGCUGAAAUCUCCAAAUACCUCACCCUUAGUUCAAUUAAGGACCACCCAUGGCACAUCCAGUCGUGCUGUGCACUGACAGGAGAAGGGUUGUGCCAAGGUCUAGAGUGGAUGACCUCCAGGAUUGGUGUGAGAUAAUCUUUUGCUUGAAAAGACUUCUCUAUUUAUUCCGUGACAUGAACAUUUUUCCUAAUACCUUUGGCUGCUGAGGCAGCAGCAUGUUUAAUUUAUAACAACACAAACCUCUGAGCAACACUUGAAUCAAGUGCCGCUGUACUGGAACAUAAAGAUGUUUUCUUACCUUUGUUUCAGAUGCACUAAUCUUCAGUCGGAUGAGCAUAAUGUGUAACUAUGUUUGCAGCAACAGAACUCUUCUGACUGCUUAUUCUAAUUAUUCGGUGACUGCCUUGUAAAAACUGUUUGUCAUAUAUUUCAUGUUAUCUGAAGUAUUGUUAUGUCCUUUAUAACCCGUUUCUUUGACUUCUUGGCCACCACUCUCUCCCUCCCAGGUCUUAGUGGUUUGACAGAACAGUAGUAGGAAUUGUCAUCUACUACUUGUCCAGCACUAAACAUUUUGUUCUGUUCUCUACGAACCCUUUUUAUCUUUUGGACAGAAUUACAAUGAUGAAAAUCUACCUAGAAGCUGUGUGUGUGUGUGCGUGUGCGUAUGCGUGUAUGUGCGUGUGCGCACGCGCAAGAGUAAACAUCAUGAAUACUUUUGCCUUUAAAUUUUCCCUCACCUCAUUGCAUAUCAUAGUUUAAUUGUAAGUUGCUCUUUCCAUUAAGUAUUCCAUUUCUUUAUGUAAGGAAUUAAGUUCACUUUUGUGUCAACAAUGCUUGGUUAAAAACACAAGGCAAAGCAUAAAUUUGAAAGCCAGCCUCAAUGAUAAAUAUUUUUGGCUCCAUUUGAUAGCUUAAGAUUUUCACUGUAUAUAUAACUGUCAGAAUUUAGUAAAACACACCAACAUGAAAUUAAGCUAGGACACUUGGAAUAUGUUUUUCUAUCAGUUUCCUACCUGUUUUAUUGUCAGCAAAAACUUAAGCUAUUUUGUCAGCGAUACCAAACCUGCUUUAGGCAGCAGCCAAAAUACCAACAAUCCUUUUCAUUUUCUUAGGUUUGAAGGGGUAUCUGUUGGAGCAUCUUUAUCACCAGCAGUAUGUUACUGAAAGGGAAAAUACCAUUUUAAAUGUGGCUGAGGCUGAUGUGAAAGAGGUUUCAAACAGUUACAACCCCCCCCCCCAGGUACACUUUGUGUCCUAAAAUCCUAUAGGGCAUUUAGAAUAACCCUAAUCUAACCCUGGCUUUUAGAAUAUUCCUAUAAGACUCAACACUUGUAUUCUGGUUUUGUUUGGUUGAGUUUUCGAGGCAGGGUUUCAAUGAGUAGACCUUGGCCUGGAACUCACUAGGUAGAACAGGCUGUUAUAUUCUUAACAACUUAUAUGCUUUUAUUGGUUACAAAAAUAGAGGGAAAGGGCCUGAUGCAUUAGACUUACCGGACGGUAUGAAUGGUUCCCAAGGCAGUUGUCUAAGAUGAAAGUACAAGUGAACCCAAGUCUUGUCGUUACCCCUGUUAAUUUUGUGUGUGUCAUUUGCUGUAUGAAAGGGAUAUAAUGUGUACUUAGGAGUAGUUCCUCCUUUGUAGUAUUUUUUAUUUGGGUCAAAAUAAGCUUCAGUGUUCAUAAAUAUCUGCUCAAAAUUGUUACUUUAAUUUCAGGUUUUUUUGUAUGUAAAUUGCCUUAAAUUUUGCUCCCUUUCAAGUGUACUCAUUUGUUUUAUUUAGUUAAUUUAGUUGAACUUGAUUUUUUUUUUUUUUAAUUUAGUGUUGCACCCUUGAUAUGAGAAAGUGGCCAGAGGACAAGUUUUCUGGGCUGUGGGAAAUUGUUUAAACUUUGACUCUUUUUCUUAGUGAUUCUAUGCCAAGUAGAGGAUAAGUUUAAUUUUCUUGUGUGUUUUAAGUAUAACUCAUAAUCAAAAGCGAGCAAGAAAAGCAGAUAUAAAUCAAUGUGGAUGGUGUUUCUCGUUUGGGAGGUAGGAACUAAGAAAAUACCAGUUACCUAAAGCACACUUUGCCUGAACUUUACUUUUUUAUUGUUUACCAUGAACAUAAAAAAUUCUCAUAAGCCUGUCUGGAGAUAAAGUAUAUUUAAUGCCCCAAUAUUUCUUCUUAAGAAAUAAUUAUUUGUCUCCUUGUAUCUAGUAAGAUUGGCUGGUUCAAUUUUCUUCUAUCAGAUAAUAUGGUUAUUUUUUAUAUUACCACAUCAGCAUUAUAUGAAAGUGUUUUUAAUAGUUGAUUGUAUUUUGCCAAACAGCUACUAGUAUAGAUACAAAUUUGCUAUUUAAUUGUUAAAAGUACAGUUUAUUUUACUUCUAAAUCCUUUUUUAAAAGCAUAUGGUUAGUUUGGAGCAGAAGCAACAUAUGUUAGCUAUCUGAGUAUGAAAUCAGUAUUCAAGUAGACAUUGUGCCAUUGAUUGGGAUAGGGUCCAUUAGAAAGUUUAGAGGCUUUUAUCAGUUUUUGUUUACAACAGCAAGAAACUAGUUUUCCUUUACUCCAAGAGAAUGUUUGGACCCAAACAAGUAUAUGAUGCUAAAGCAUUUGGCUUAAAUGUUCACUGUAAAUCAAAUGGCUGUAAAAUAUUAUUUGAUGAAAAAUGUAAAUUUGUGAUGGUGCCUUUGUUAUUUUGAGACGAGCUCUGGAUUUUUUGCUCUGUUGUUUAGAGGUCACAUUAACAGUGAUGCGAUGGAGGGAAGGGGAUGUGUGUCUCACAUUCUCCAUUGUCUCCACAUGUUACUCUGUAAAGUUUGUAUUUGACAGACACCUCCUAUUCCUGCUUUAUACCUUCAGAAAAUUAUCUUGUAUUUUUAAUUCAAAAAAUGAAAAAAUAAGUUUAUCUAAAAUCUACUCAAUAUGUUACAGCUAAAAAAUGCAAAAAAAAAAAAAAAAACUACCCUUGCAAGUCAAGCGUGCCAUUUUCUUACCUGACCAUGCUAUCUUCACCUAGAAACACAUUUGAGAGUUACUGUAGUAGUACUUGCUUUUGUAGGGGAAUGCACAAAAUAUUUUUAUUGUUAAUGUGAUUUAAUUUCUUAAAACUGAAAAAAUAUUAAUAUAUAUAAAUAAUCUAUUGAAAACUGAGAUUUGAAUAUGUAAUGUUUGCUUUUAGCUUCUUGUGUUAACAUUCUUAAGGGAAUAGUACUUUUAUUCCUUAUUUACUAGAGAGACAAUAUAUACAUUUCAUUUUUUAAACAACAAAUUUAAAUAACUCCCAUAGUAAUAGUUCCUGCCUCUUGCAUCCUCAGUGCCACAAUUGCCGUAGCUAUUUUAAUUAAAUAUAAUUUACCUUUCAUUGUAGCAUAAAGAGAAAACAGUUAUUUUCCUGUGGGAACAAUGAAGGGUAUGGACAAUGCUAUAAACAGUAGUCUUUGAUGCUGCCAAGUAUAGACAUGAAGAAAAUUCAAGUAUAGUCUUUGAAGAAAAUUCAAAGUAUAGUCUUUGAAGAAAAUAGAACUUUCAAAUCUUUGAUGUUAUAUCUCAGAACAGAUUAUAAGCAGAAUUAUUUCCCAAAGCAUUCAUUUAAUCCUACACUGUGUAAAGCACACAGUAGCAAACAGACAGGGAUUGUGCCACUACAUGAAAAUUUAUUGGCACUUAUCUCUAGAGGCCUAUUUUGUGAGUUAACUUUUUAUCUGUGGCUCUGGAACAAAAUCCUCACACACCUAAACUUUAGUUUUAAGGGUCCUUUAAUCUCCUGUCAGUGGGUCACUUCAAGAUACAGCUUCUUGUCUGCAUUUAGGCAAACAUUGCACUGGCUGUCCAAAGAAGUGGAUUCUGAUCUUAAUCUGCCCAUUUAUCUAGUUGACCAUUGUUCAUGCCUUUCUUUUUGUUCUUCCCAAACUGAGGGGCCUUUAAGUAAGUCUCAACUGAAGGCUUAUGUACUAUUACUGUUUUUUUUUUUUAAUCUAAAAUAAUAGGGAAAUGCUUGUAUUACCACAUUUAAGUUUUUUCAUUGUUUGAGUCCCACUCCUGGAAUCACUUUCUCUAGUGUUUAUGUACAAUCAGGUUGGAACAAAAUAUAAAUUAAUAACUUUCCUUUGGCUCAAACUGAAUUUCUAGCUAAUGACAAUGCAAAAGAGAAGCCAUGUUCAUCAGAAAAUGGCAUUGGAUUGCUUAUAAAUAGCACCCAUGUGUAUUGGAAACCCUCUUCUAAAAAACAUACCUUAUUUUUCUGGCUUUGCUGACUUGAUGGAAGUGGUUAGCUUGUUCUGUUUAUUGCCUGAAGGCAUCUCAAACACUUCAGCUUUCCAGUGCUGAAAGAGUAGCUUGGAACAGGACAUCAGUAUGUUACAGACUUAAUUAAGUCCACUUAAGUGUGAAAGUGGCUGAUGUCCUCUCAUCUUUAUUUAUUUAAUAUUAGUGUGUGAAGACUGAAACCCAAGAGUCAGGUUUCAAAAGAAGGGUGUAUUUUAAGAAUUCUAGGUGACCAAAGCUAAAUAGAGGCCAAAAGGAGGGGGGAAGGAUUCUAUUAUUUUACUUUAAAGUAAGAAACAAAGUGUUCAGCUGGACCUAAAAUCAGCUUUAAUUGUAUAUUUGGUGAAAUGCUUGAAUGUUUAUUGGGAGGAUUACAAGUAUUCCAGAAAUAAAUUGAAAAUCAGACAAACUUGGUAAAAUCAUCUAAAAUUAUGUAAUAAAAUAUGGGUGCAAGAGUAGGGAUUUUUUUUUCCUUCUGUGCAUUUAAUUCUGGCAGCAUGGGAAAACUAGAUCCUCUGUAUUGCAUUUAAUAUGGUUAGAAAGUGUGAGACAGGUUAGCAUUCUGGGUUAGACUCUCGGGACUUCAGUCUCUCGGGGGGCAUCUUGGUUUUUUAAAAUUAAUUCUCUCUCUGCAUUUUCUCAUGCAAUGGAGAAAUAAUAAAAUGUGCAGUGUGUAGACUGAAUAUAGAAAACAAAGCUUCUAAAAGAAUGGAAAUGUUUUCUUACACAACUUAGCAAAUUUUAAUUUUAAAAAAAUACCUCAUUUUUUUAGUCCACAAGGUGCUUUAAGUGUCUGAGAUAUUGUGCAGUGCAGUAAAUCCUCCUUCACCCAAAUGUCUUUGAAUCUUAUGCAGAUUCCCCACAGAAGCAAGUGCUAGGUGGGGCUGCUGUUUUAGUCUUUGUUUCCCAGCCCCAGGGUGAACAGGUAUCCUUCCAUUCAAUGCACUUGAGCAAGCACUCAGUCAAUAUUUAAUGAGUUAAUGAAAGGAAAGUCCUGUAAUUCGAUCAUCAGUGAUAGACUGUGACUAUCAGUUUGCUAGGACAGCAGGUGAGCAUCGUUUGAUCUCACUUCAUGAUUUAUUGGCAUGUUUUAGCUAUAGUAAUGAGAUAUUAGUCAUUUUCACAUGAAUUUUCCCUCAGGAAAUUCAGGGACUCUGAGGUCCCUGUUUAUUCUCUUGGAGUAAACUUUCAGUUAGUUGUCAACAUUCUUCAUCUUGGUUUUGAAAAAAGGUUAGCUGCUGUUUCAUUGAAAUUGUGAAAUAAUAUGAUGGUUAUUGCCUUUCCAAUUAUGAGAUAGUUUUCUAUUUUCUCAUUCUCAACUGUUCCACAGAAUAUAGUUUAGAAUAAGGAAAGCAAAUUCCUGUCAGUUACAAAUGCUGUCUCAUUUGUUCUAAGGGGAGUGUAAUGAUUGUAAUUACACAUUAUCAUCUUCACAUAUAACUUGGUGCUUUAUAACAGUAAAGAGAAAGCAGACCCUGUACUCAUUAUACUUCUAGCGCAGAUUGUAAAACUCUUUAAAUGUACACGUAUGUUCAUUUCAUAAGUUUCAAAUAUAAAUUGUCUUGGUUACAGCUCAGGCUUUGUGCAAGUGUUCUAACAAUAUCUUUGCCAAGCAGCUUGGUUCAAUAGCAGAUAUUAUUAAUAAGAUCAAGGUCGGACCCCAUCUCUUUGUGGACCCUCUGGUGUUUACACAGGAGGAAACAGUAUCGUUCAUACCACAUGCCGCUCUGAACCCUCAACAAGCAACCGAAGUGUGUGCCAUUGCUCUAAUACUUAAGCAACAACUAAGAAAAUGUAAAAGCAAAUGCCAAAUGCAUUUGACACCAUCACUCCUCCCAAGUGGUUCCAAGCUUGUUUGAUUGUGAGGUUGUUGAAAAGACAUGGUUUUGAAUUUUAAUACUUUUUACUGUCAUGAAAUGCUUCUUUUAUAUGUUAGGUCAUGCUCAUGAUUCUUCAUUUCUGCAAUUAUGUUCUAAUGAAUUGUGUGCAUGCCAACUUACUCAAGUAAAAAGAUGCAGCUUGCUCUGGAAUGUUAAUCUUUUAGACAGGUUUUUGGCUCAUUUGCAAUCAUGGUGCAAUAUAGCAUAACAUCCAUUUGUUUUCAGUCCACAGUUUUAUUUUUGUCAUAAUAAAUACUUUUCCAAUAUGAA